GGCGCGCGCACGCGCAGGACGCCUUCCCCGUGACUGGCGGGGCUGAGAGGGACCCGUUAGCGGGAGCGGCGGCCCCCCGAGCGGCUCCACCCGGCCCGGCUAGGCCAUGUCCAAGCGGCUGCGGAGCAGCGACGUGUGCGCCGAUUGCAGCGCUCCCGACCCAUGUUGGGCAUCAGUUAACAGAGGAGUUCUGAUUUGUGAUGAAUGCUGCAGUGUUCAUAGGAGCCUGGGCCGGCACAUCUCCCAAGUCAGGCACCUGAAACACACACCGUGGCCCACAACGCUGCUUCAGAUGUUGGAAACCUUGUACAGUAAUGGGGCUAACUCCAUCUGGGAACAUUCAUUGCUGGAUCCUGCAUCUGUCAUGAGCGGAAGGCGCAAAGCAAACCCCCAGGACAAAGUUCACCCCAAUAAAGCGGAAUUCAUCAGAGCAAAGUAUCAGAUGCUGGCCUUUGUUCAUCGCUUACCAUGUCGGGAUGAUGACAGUGUGACUGCCAAAGACCUUAGUAAGCAACUCCACUCGAGCGUCAGGACGGGGAACCUGGAGACCUGUUUGCGGCUUCUCUCUCUGGGUGCCCAGGCCAACUUCUUCCAUCCAGAGAAAGGGAACACCCCGCUGCACGUAGCUGCCAAGACGGGUCAGAUUUUACAAGCGGAGUUGUUGGCGGUGUAUGGGGCUGAUCCUGGCACACAGGACUCCAGUGGGAAGACGCCUAUUGACUAUGCAAAGCAAGGAGGGCACCAUGAGCUGGCAGAACGCCUUGCGGAAAUCCAGUACGAGCUCACGGACAGGCUGGCAUUCUAUCUUUGUGGCAGAAAACCUGAUCACAAAAGUGGACAACAUUUUAUUAUACCUCAAAUGGCAGACAGCAGUUUAGAUUUGUCAGAACUGGCCAAAGCAGCCAAGAGGAAGCUUCAGUCGCUGAGCAAUCACUUGUUUGAAGAGCUCGCCAUGGAUGUCUAUGACGAGGUGGACAGGCGGGAGACGGACGCAGUGUGGCUUGCCACUCAGAACCACAGCACGCUGGUCACCGAGACAACGGUGGUCCCUUUUCUCCCCGUCAAUCCCGAGUACUCUUCAACAAGGAACCAGGGAAGGCAAAAGCUGGCUCGCUUUAACGCCCAUGAAUUUGCAACACUUGUCAUAGACAUUCUUGGGGAUGCCAAGCGAAGGCAGCAAGGGAACCCUGUCCCAAGUUCCAGAGAAAAUGUAGAGCUGAUCCUGAAGUCUGUCAACAGCCAGCACAGUACAGAGUGUCAGGAUAAUGACCAGCCUGACUACGACAGCGUUGCCUCUGACGAAGAAGUGGAUCUGGAAACAAGCUCAGUCAAGGCACCCCGGCAGAAGAGCCUGGAUUCAGACUUGUCGGAUGGACCCAUCACAACCCAGGAAUAUCUGCAGGUUAAAAACGCCCUGGUGGCUUCGGAGAUGAAAAUCCAGCAGUUAAUGAAGGUGAACGUCAACUUGAGCGAUGAGCUGAGGAUCAUGCAGAAGAAGCUUCAGACGCUACAGAGUGAGAACAUGAGUCUCCGGCGACAGGCCACAACAAACGCCUCCCUGACUCCUGCUGGCUCUGAGUACCCAGACGCCGGCAGCCACUCUUCCUUGAUCUGGCGGCCCUCUGUGCGCAGCAGCCGGCCCAUGUCCAUGUACGAGACAGGAUCAGCCCAGAAGCCCUACUUGCCAUUGGCCGAGGUCUCCUACCCAGAGGAGCACAUCACGUCGCGGCUGCAGCCGUUCCCUCCCCACGCAGGGAGGAAUGGGCUGGUGACCAGCUAUUCUUCCUCCAUGCCUUUUUUCUCCAUUCUCUACUGGUUGGGAUACAGAAACACACAAAGGGCAUCCAAACUGGAAAAGCAGAGCAGCCUGCCUGAAGGGGAUUAUGACAAUGCCGUUCCUGCGCUGGAGCCCGACGAGACAGGAAUCAGCAGGAAGGCCAGGCAGCGAAGCACCUUCCGACAGGGAGAAGGGCCCACCUCCGAGGCCAAGGACCCAGAUGCCAGCCCCAGCCUCCCCAGCACAGAGGACGUAAUUCGGAAAACAGAGCAGAUCACCAAGAACAUCCAGGAGCUUCUGCGGGCAGCUCAGGAGAACAAACACGACAGCUACAUCCCCUGCUCAGAAAGGAUCCACGUGGCAGUGACGGAGAUGGCUGCCCUCUUUCCAAAAAAGCCCAAGUCUGAGCUGGUGCGCACCUCUCUGCGGCUGCUGACCUCCAGUGCCUUCCGACUGCAUUCCGAGUGCACAAAGGCCCUUCCGCCAGAGUCCUGCCCCCUGGCCGACAUUCAGCUGGUCACCCAGCAGGUCAUUCAGUGCGCCUAUGACAUCGCCAAAGCUGCCAAGCAGCUGGUCACCAUUACAACCAAGGAGAACACCAACUGAGGCCGCCGUGUCCCCCCACCUCCGCAGCAGGCCUCCUGCAGAGGGUCGGCUUGGAAGCUGAACAUUUUCAUGUUUUUUACAGGAAUAUUUAAGGUGGUGCAUUACUUCUUUUUUAAAAAGGAAUCUCAGUAUUAAAGGGGUUUUGCAUGUUUCCCCCCCUCAAAAGGACCCCCCCCCCGAAUUAAUGUAACCCACUGCCUUAUUUUAUGCCUGUAUUGCCAGUGUAAAGAGGGUGUCAGUGUAUGGAACGUCAUGAGCCAAUCUUCGCAUCAACCGCUCUCACAGGGAUGUGGGGGGGGGGGCAGGGAGUGGCGGGGAGGGUCGCACUCUGCACCAUUUGUGAACUGAAAUGCUCAUAUCAGGAUACAGGGCACAUAUCCCCGAGUCUUGUUAUGCAGCUGUUUGACACACCUGAACCACUAUGUUGUACGUACCACUAACCUCUGAAGAGCAGGGGUAGGUAAGGACACCCCCCCAACAUGAUUCCUGCCAAUCAGUCCCCACCCCUUGCGAAAUACCAGGCCAUCAAAGGCUUGCUACAAAAUGGUAGGACUAGCCUCCCGACCCCUUUAAUAUUUUAGUCUCCUGGGACUCUUCUUUGCUUUCCAUGGUGGAAGCAGAUGGGAGUGUCUCAGAUUUUUGGCCCCAGUUCAUAUGGAUCUUUGAGAAAGUGCUUUUCAUGACAUAACUGCACCACAAAGCUUUCCUAGGGCAGAAAAUGAUUUUUUGCUUGUCCUGUUUCUGCUCACCCGCCCCCACUCCUCCUUUGGGGUAUCUGCAUUCCUGGGAGGAUGGCUUGCUGGUGGUGGCUGUGCCAGGAGCGGUGCACUGCAGGGAGUGUCUGGUUGCAGGUGGGACUGAAGGUCCAUCUUGGGUGGCAAAGGUACAGUGGAAACCUGCCUGGAUUUGGGGAGGAGUGAGAGACUGAUUGUCUUGUGUUUUUUUGGUGGUGGGGGGAGAGAACUGCUGGUGUUGAGAGCUGGGCUUGGUGUCCUGUCCCAUUUGAGCCCCGACAACCUUGCUUCUUGAGAGCCACUGUUCCUGUGUUCACCAAGGCGGCAGGGCAGGGUGACAUUAAGAAAGGGGGCAGCUGUGCUGGGUGGCUGAGAAAGCCUCUGCUUUGCUGUUGGGUGUCCAAGUGGUCCAGUGGAUGACAUGGUUUGCAGACAAGAUGCCGUGAAGCAGAGUGGCCCAGCCAGGGUGUAUGUGUAGAGAGAGGAAGCAGCUGGGGGGGGUGUAGAGAGAGGAAGGUGGACCCUGUUCCAGAGGCUGAAUGCACCUGCUGGUGAAAGGAUCAUAGUAAUUCCUGCUAGGUUGGCAAUUUGGCUGGUGCUUCAUGGAACGAAACAGGUUCCAUUGAUGGGCAUGCAUGAGAGAGGUUCCUACACUAGAGCACAUUGGUUGCACGGAAGCCCUGCUGCCAUCGCUAGGCCUUGAGGGAGUGGUGACAGGUUUGUCUUGUUGGGUUUGGUGGGUCUUAAAUGGCCCUCUAUGGCAAGAACUAGGUCUGGGUCAGGAGCCUCUCUCCCCCCUUAUGCCCAGUUGCCCAGUCUGAUCCUCAGUACUUCAGAACAUCCUUUGUGCCACUUGAGGGGAGUCUUCCCUGGGGAAGGCGGUUCAGGGGGCAAUUCUGCAUAGUGUGUCUGGGGGAGAGAUUUCUGGGAUGGUCCCAACAGCAUGCAGCAUGCUGUGUAGUGAUUUCUGGCAGGGGCCCUUUAACAAACAGCUGAUUUUGUCCAGCGACAGCCCCACCCCCUCCCUUCAUCUUGGUGCGUCUGGGCCACCCCACUAGUAAAGGGUUCCGAUGAAUCCGGAGAAAUUCUUAUGAAUUCUGCUGAAUUGCUGAAUGGAGAAAGAGUCUUGGGCUACAGCUGGCCUGUGAGAGUUUGGUGCUCAAGGUGGAAAACCCAAAGGGCAGCCUGUGGGCACAUCAUGCCCAAUUCUGUGCACACCUGUCUCAUAACAAGCAAGAGCUGUGUGCAAGGGUGCCUUGUGGUGCUCUGGGUUCAUCUUCCACUCAUUCCACUGCAGCCUUCCACCCCAGCAGGACAAGACCCACUUAGCUCCUCUUCUCUUAAGAGUCUGGCCAAAAUGUACGCACAAAACCGAGAGGGUCUCGGGUCUGGGGAAAUAGGAAGCUUGAGGCUGGCUGGGCCUGAGCAAGCAAGUCAACCUUCCUCCUGCCCUGCCUAGUGCUCCCCCCGGCAGGCUCUGCCACGGCCCAUGAAGUUGCCAGCUCACUGCAGGGUACUGCUUCUGUACAAGGCAGAGGAGGCGAUCUACCCACCUGCAUGCCACUCAUAGGAAAUGGGCAGACAGGCUGUCUGCUCCAGGGAUGCUUGGCUGGUGGUGGAGAGGUUUCUGGGUUUAGAAGCAGCAGUCCAACUUGAGGGGUGUGUGUGAGAGUGUGUGUUUUACCCUGUUGGUAUUUAUAUAUUAAAAGAAACCAAACCAAGUGCCAUAAUAAUGUUGGAUGCUGAUGUUACCUUGUAAUUAACUACCUUUUUAAAAAGUAUUGUACUAUUUUUGGGUUUAAAGAAACAAACAAACAAACAAAAAAGGUAGAACAGGUAUCUUGCUUUUUCU